AUGGACCGUGGAGCGAUAAAAGACUCAUUCAAAUCAAAAUCCACUUCCAUACCAAAACCUUUAAAUGAGCAUGUUGGCCCAUAUCUCCUUGGAAGGACCCUUGGCAAAGGAUCAUCAGGUUGCGUCAAACUUGCACACCACCGCAGGACUAAGGAGCAGGUCGCGGUCAAGAUCAUCUCCAAGGCCUCUCUGAUCAACAGGGCUGCAGUCCAUCGUGGCAUCGAGCGCGAGAUCGCCAUCAUGAAACUGAUCAAUCACCCACAUGUCAUUCGUCUCUACGAUGUCUAUGAGACCGACAAGGAACUGUUCCUGGUAAUGGAAUAUGUCUCCGGAGGCGAGCUGUUCGAAUAUCUGGUCAAUAAGGGACGACUAGGCGAGUUAGAGGCCUUACAGUUCUUUCAGCAGAUCAUCGUUGGCCUUGCUUUUUGCCAUAAGCGAAAGAUUUGCCAUCGUGAUUUAAAGCCGGAAAACCUUCUAUUGGAUGAUCAAAUGAAUGUCAAGAUUGCAGAUUUUGGAAUGGCUUCCUUGCAGAAAACGGGGAGGCUCCUGGAAACAAGCUGUGGCUCCCCACACUACGCCAGUCCCGAAGUUGUCACUGGCUUGAAGUACGACGGGUCAGCAUCGGAUAUCUGGUCGUGCGGGAUCAUUCUCUACGCUCUUCUGACAGGUCAUCUACCCUUUGAUGACGAGAACAUCCGGCAGUUGUUAGGCAAGGUCAAGAUAGGCAAAUUUUACAUGCCUACAGACAUCUCUAUAGGGGCGCGAGACCUGAUCAGUCGGAUGCUUACUGUCAAUCCCAAGCGUAGGAUAACGGUAAAGGAAAUUGAAAAGCCGGAGCUCAUUUUCUGCGAAGACUACGAGGGAUUCUAA